AUGAACGUCACGUCCCUCAUAUUCGCCAUCGCCAUGGUGCUAUUUAGCACUCCGGCCGUUAGCGGACGCGAAUGCCCCCUCGAGUCAGACUGCGUUCAGAGUCUUUGCAAUAAGAUCAGAUACACGGCCGACCACAGAGGAGAAAGACCGUUCCUGAUGGAAGCUACCUGCGCGAACGAGGCAGGCGAGCCAGUCUUCACUAAGCUUGACCUCAAAAAAUGCAUCGUGAAUAGCAAUGGGCUCCUUUACUGGUCAGACCUCGGCGAUUUUAAGUGCCAGGGCUGCCGCAUCGUCCAGUAUAAACCGGAAGACACUGUCAUCUUAGAGUGCCGAAAAUGCCCAAAGAAGAUUGGCGAAUGGGAGUCCUUCGUGGUAAACUCACGAAUCAAUCUAUCAUCUGGCAUCUGGGUCAGCAAGAACGGCGCGCUUAGCUGCUACAGCCACGAAGGAGGUUAUCGUAGCUCUAAGGGGAUAUCAAGACUCUCGGGGCGUGGUGGACCUCGGACCUCUUGA